GCUGUGGACCCUCCCAGCGUCUCCUCCUCUCUCUCGCUCUCUCUUCCCUCCUUUCCUCUCCCCGGCUCCCUCCCUCUCUCCCGCUCUCCCUCUCUCUCUUUCUCCUCUCAAUCGCAGGGCUGCGCUCACCGACUCGACACCGCCAACAGGGAUGCAGCGAGGGCGCAGCGCAGCCUGAAAAAUGGCACCACCACGCGUCCUGUGGAUCUAUCCGUCCCUUUACCUCCUGUCAUCCCUGCUUCUUCUUUUUCACGCGUUGUCGCCGUGCCGAGCCUUACGGAAUUACCCGGAGAAUGAAGUUACGUUGCUGGACUCCAUGUCAGCCUUGGCUGACCUGGGCUGGGAGGCUUACCCUAAUGAGGGGUGGGAGGAGAUCAGUGUGAUGGAUGAGAGGAACACCCCAAUGAGGACCUACCAGGUGUGUAACGUCAUGGAGGCCAACCAGAACAACUGGCUGAGGACGCGUCACAUCAGCCGAGAAGGAGCGCAACGCGUCCACAUUGAGAUCAAGUUCACCCUGAGGGACUGUAACAGCCUGCCCGGGGUCCCCGGUACCUGCAAGGAGACAUUCAACAUGUACUACUACGAGUCCAACAAUGCCAACUUGUGGUUCAUCAAGGAAAGCCAGUAUGUGAAGAUCGAUACAAUUGCUGCAGAUGAGAGUUUUACACAGGUGGACGUCGGAGACCGCGUCAUGAAGCUGAACACGGAGGUGCGCGACAUCAGCAACCUGAGCAAAAAGGGUUUCUAUCUGGCCUUCCAGGACCUCGGCGCCUGUAUCGCUCUGGUCUCAGUCAGGGUCUUCUACAAGAAGUGUCCCCUCACUGUGCUCAACUUGGCCCAAUUCCCCGACACAAUAACGGGCGGAGACACGGCGCUGGUGGAGGUCCACGGUGCGUGCGUGAACGCCUCCGAGGAGUUUGAGGCUCCGAAGAUGUACUGCAGUGCAGACGGAGGCUGGCUGGUUCCCAUCGGGAGGUGUGUGUGCAAACCGGGCUUCGAGGAGAACAAGGACGUCUGCCAGCCGUGCAGACCUGGUACCUACAAAGCUUCAGCCACGGAUGCCUACUGCACCAAAUGUCCUCCUCACAGCUCGUCCCCGCAGCUACAGGCUGUCGAGUGUGUUUGCGAGAAAGGUUUCUAUCGUGCUGAGACGGACCCACGCUCCAUGGCCUGCACACGUCCUCCAUCUGCUCCAGAGAACCCCAUUUCCACUGUGAACGAAACCUGCAUCACCUUGGAGUGGUCACCGCCCAGAGACACGGGAGGCCGAGGGGACAUCACCUACAGCCUCCACUGCAGGAAGUGCUCCGGUGACGGCAGGAAGUGCACACCGUGUGGCAGCAGCAUCCAUUUUGUUCCGAGACAGUUCGGCCUCUCGUCAGCCACCGUGCUGGUCACCGACCUGCAGCCGGACUCAAACUACAGCUUCACUGUUGAGAGCCAGAAUGGAGUGUCGGACUUAAGUCCGACACAAAGAGGAACAGUAGUCAUCAAUGUCACCACAUCACAGACAGUGAGCGUUGUGUUGAAGGAGAGGCGGAGCAAGGACAGCGUGACUUUGGCCUGGCAGGGUCCAGAGAGACCCAACGGAGUGAUAGUGGAGUAUGAGGUCAUCUACUAUGAGAAGAAUCAGCGGGAGCAGAACUACACAGUGUUGAAGACUCGCUCCAACAUGAUGACAGUGGAAGGGCUGAAGCCAGGGACUACCUACGUGUUCAGGGUCAGGGCUCGAACCGACGGGGGCUAUGGGAGCUAUGGUGGAGAGAUUGAAUUGGAAACCAGCCACGAAGAUGUUUUUGCUAUCGGGGACCCUAACCAGUCCACCAUUCUGGCUGUGUCCAUCGCCGGGGGAAUCGUUCUCCUCAUCUUCCUGGUGACUUGCUUCGUUGUCAGCGGAAGACACUGUGGCUACAUCAAAGCCAAGCAAGACCCCGAUGAGGAGAAGAUGCAGUUCCAACAUGGCCGAGUCAAGCUGCCAGGCAGCAGGAUCUACAUCCAUCCUCACACCUACGAAGACCCCAACCAGGCUGUCAGGGACUUUGCCAAAGAGAUCGAUGCUUCCAAUAUUCGCAUAGAGCGAGUCAUUGGAGCUGGAGAGUUCGGGGAGGUUUGCAGUGGUCGGCUGCGUGUUCAGGGAAAGAGGGAGAUCUACGUGGCCAUCAAGAGUCUGAAGGCGGGAUACUCUGACAAACAGAGGAGGGACUUCCUGUCUGAGGCCUCCAUCAUGGGCCAGUUUGACCAUCCGAACAUCAUCAGGCUGGAGGGUGUGGUGACAAGAUGUAAACCAGUGAUGAUCAUAACGGAGUUCAUGGAAAACGGAUCUCUGGACACUUUUCUCAAGAAACACGACGGCCAGUUCACGGUGAUCCAGCUGGUCGGCAUGCUGCGCGGCAUCGCCUCAGGCAUGAAGUACCUGUCAGACAUGAGCUACGUUCACCGAGACCUGGCAGCUCGAAACAUCCUGGUCAACAGCAACCUGGUGUGUAAGGUGUCUGACUUUGGCCUGAGUCGAGUUCUGGAGGACGACCCGGAGGCUGCCUACACUACAAGGGGAGGGAAGAUCCCCAUCAGAUGGACGGCUCCAGAGGCCAUCGCCUACAGGAAGUUCACCUCAGCCAGCGAUGUGUGGAGUUACGGUAUCGUCAUGUGGGAGGUGAUUUCAUACGGAGAGAGACCCUACUGGGAGAUGUCCAACCAGGACGUGAUCAAAGCAAUAGAUGAGGGCUACCGUCUUCCCGCUCCUAUGGACUGUCCUGUGGUGUUGCACCAGCUCAUGUUGGACUGCUGGGAGAAGGGACGCAGCGACAGGCCAAAGUUUGGACAGAUUGUCACAAUCCUGGACAAGCUCAUCAGAAACCCAGCCAGCCUCAGAGAGCUGGCCAACAGCUCAGCAUGCAGGGAGGACGCGUCCACCCCAGAGUUCAGUGUGAGCACAGUGGAUGAGUGGUUGGAGGCCAUCAAGAUGGGCCAGUAUAAGGAGAACUUUUCCAGUGCUGGAUAUGUCAGCUUGGACUCAAUCCUCUACAUCAGUGUCAGUGAAUUGGCUAAGAUGGGUGUGACUCUCGCCGGGCACCAGAAGAAGAUUUUGUCCAGCGUGCAGAGCCAGCAGACCCAGGCGACGCACGUCCAAGUAUAACAGUUUCCACACAAACACACAGUGAGACAGAGCCGAAAUGGAUUGCUCCUGUGAAGAGUUUCCCCACUGAGAUGGAGUUGGAAUGGAUGCUCUGUGCUCGGGCCUCCACUGAUUUGGAGACACUCUGAGAUGGAGACAACAUGGAUGCUUGACUCCUUCACCUUUUUGCAGUUUUCACCAUUCUUCCCAUCCUUCGAUGGGCACUCGCACUCAAAAGUCCAAGCAACACAGCCACCGUUACGGAGCAACAGAGGGACACGCGUCCAACAACAAGCACUCCAGACCAUUUCACAUCAUUUCAGGUCAGCAAAAGAAGAAGAAAAAUGAAUUCUUAACUAAAGAAAUUACAAAAAAAAAAUAGAAUAUAAUUAUCAUCACUGUCUGUGAGGUGUACAGUUGUUUUUUUUUUGUUGUUUUUUUACUGUCCUUUUGUUUCUGUUCUCACCUUGAAGAGUUUACAAAGGGUCAGAAGAAAUGUAUAUGUGUAGAUAUGUUUAUAUGGGCUGUGUGUGCCACAACCGUAGAGAUGGACCUAAUGUUUGUAUUGGUGGUGAGGUUUAUAUCGCUCAACCUUAACGGGAGUUAGUCCCUAGUAAAUGUAUGGCCCCCUCCAUUGUAUACAGAAAGCCAAUGAGUGAGCAGAGAUUAUGAAUGACAUGAAUGUGUAGGGCGAGGGGAACAGAAAAACUGGACCUUAAAAGAUAGAGCGGGGUGUCGAUUUUGCUAGCUCAUGUAGGAUGGAAGUAUUAUUCAUUUAAAUUGUGUAUUUGACCAGGACAAGGGCUUCCCUAGAGGCUGCUCUCAGACACACUUCCAUAGCCACCAGACCCAGUGCACCUUUGCUAGUCUGUUUGCGCUUGUGAUGUAACCGAGUGCAAAGAAACAGCCGAAACUGCUUAAGCUGCAGUCAGCACAGAUACAUUUUUCUUCUUCCAUAACUGACUGUUCCAAACAACAUUGUCUGUUCAGCUGUUACAGUAUGAUGAUGUUGGGAAUAUUUCAGCCCAAAAGUUUGCCUUCCCAUGUUUCAGGUGUGUAAAGAAAGUUAUAGUGUUUUUGUGUGGAGCGAAGGUGAUGCUACGGCCAUCAUAGAGUUGACACUGAUAAGAACGUGUACCUUGUUUUUCCCCAGUGUUGUGCCAUGUAACGUCAGCUUGAAAUGUUCAUCUGGGCAACAUACCAUCAUUUCUACUAUACUCCGUCCUUUCAUCAGCUCCUGUGGCUGGAUGGUAACACGAGGCCAGUCACAGUAAUUACAGUGUUUCGUUAAAAUAGUCUGCUUGAUGAGAAGGAGCCUUGGAAUGCACCCUUUUUUUUCCAGCGGGGCAAAAUAUACGCAGUGUUGAUUUUCAGCUGUGCCACCACAAGAGGGUACAUUUUACUUUCAAAAAAAGAUGAUUUGUGUCUUGUUCUGUCUCACUUACUUGUUAUCUGUCUUGCCAACCACUUUCAAGCAUCCCUAGUCUCAAACCGAUGCUGAUAAGGUCAAUUUACAAAACAAUAUUUACAGCAAAAAGAAAAUAAAUUGGUUUGUUGUUGUUUUUUUCCUUAUCAGAGGGAAACUGCUGCUUAUCACAGUAAAUACAAGCGUAGAUAUGAUGGGACCCUCUUUGUGUGCACUGCAUUAAUAGCACUGAACCUGCUUUAGUGUAUUCCCAAACCCAGUUUCAAUAUAUGUGGUACUCUAUAGGACCAACAGUGGCAAAAAGUACAGUAUAUAUGAUUGUAUUAUAGUGUAAAAUAUGUACAGUGUUGAUUUCCAAUGUUAGAAUGUUUGUAAUGAUAACGAUGAUGAUGACUAUGAUGUACUUUUAUUGUGAAAAAGAGAUUUCUGAAGUUCUCGUUCAGGGGCGGGUCAUACAGAAGAAAAGUCGAGGGAGGUGAUUUGUUGGUAUGAUCAAAGGAAUGUAGCAUGGUGCGAAGCUUCAGCUUUGAUUGACAGGUGGCAGUGACUGCAGUUCUAUCAUAGUGUUAGAAUGAGUAGAAUGGACUUUCCUUAUUGAUACACUGGCUUAAUUUGCAAUAUCUCCCGUAAACAGUAAUUACAUGCACUUUUUAAGCCUGUGUUCUACAAAGCAACUCUGAAAAACAAAAAAAAAAAAAAGCUUGUUUGGGUGAGGUACUGUGGAGAUGGAAGGAGAAGGGUUGAGAUAAGACAUGUUCUCAGAUCAAAUUUCUAUCCACGAACACCACAAGUUAAACAGUCGCUAAACCCCUCCCCCAAGCAGAAAUUGUCCAAUCAUAGAUUAGCAACCGUAGCUAGGCACGGCAUACCCGUCAAGCAUAUCCGCAUGCUGGAGCAAUUAGCAUGCACUAAGAGCGUUACUUGGCAUUUAAAGACUUUGGAGGGUGGUUACUUUUUUCAGCCUUUCUAUAACCCAAUAUACAAGGGCAACAGUGUACGGAUUGGAUUGAAAGGGUGUUUGUCUGUUCUAGUGUAAACUGCAAUAGCUAGCAUGCCGUGCUAGCUAGUGUCAUUAAUUACCUAGGUUACAUUUCUUUGUGGGGUGACAGGCUAUGAAAAUAAACGCCACGUUCACAACUAGCUCAUCCACUGCGUUGUAUUUCUCCACUGACUUGAAGCUGAUCUUGGAUGCUGUCAGAGUUACGGGCAACGUUGGCUGUUGUCCCGCUCAUUAUUGGAUUCUUUAAGUUUACACCAGAGCAACCCCAGCCAACAGCCUCGGAGAUAACGCUUCAUGUGCCAAGCACAUUGGUUAUUCUUCACACUAAAAGCCUUUCCUCUUGUAAUGUUUAAAAUGAAGUAUGGCCCCUUUUUAACCUUUUUUUUUUUUUUUUUUUUUUUUAAACAGGGUUUUCAAUUUAAAACAAGUGAGCUAGAAACAUUAAAAAGUCAGCAGGAGACAGCAUUUUCAAGCAACUCAUGGAACUAAAUGAAACUUAACUAGCUUAGCUAUCACAACAUGCCGUUGACAUCGGUCAUUUUAGCCAGGAAGAAAUAAUGUCCAUGGCUAAAAAUGUCUUUUGUCUACAUCUGCCUGAAAUCAAGGACCCAGUGUUUAAUGCUUUUGAUGCUUAACCUGCCGCUCUCAAUGUGCCAUUCCAGAACGAAAAGCUUGACCGGCACGUAGCAACUGUAUCCAAUUUCAACCACGAUAAGGCUCUUGAGUUGUUUUUUCAGCCCUAUUGUUUGAGAAUACAAUAAAAAUACAAUGCAAUUCGGAGAGUCUGAAACUCUACAUUCUACUCUUGCUAACUCUAUGAUUUCACUCUAGCGGACUACCCUUGACCGCUGGCCUUUUAGAUGCCUUAUUUACUGAGCUAUUGUUCUUUUCUGUUGCCCUAUAGAGGCGAUAUUAAGAGUAAAGUGUAUGUACAAGUAGUAUUUAUCUGUGUUCUUAAGAUGACCUCACAUCGACACCCUGGUUUUGUAACAUCCCAGAGACCUUCUCUUCAACAGUACCGUCCCUUUGAUUCCUCUAAGCAGAACAAAGUCAUUUUGUUGCAUCAUGAAUCUUAAAGCUGAUCAUCUGUAAACGCUGAUAGAGAAAUUGGCAGAUUGUUCUUAUUUAUUUGCAUUGAGUCAUACGAUUAACAAUUUGAUAGGCUGCAUUUGGUUGCAAAAAAUAUUGUCACUGGCAAAAUUCCUCAUGCAAUGUCAGGAUUAGAAAAAGACAAUUUUAAGCAUCACUCAAAAAAAUGGGCGCAUUGCAACAAUGUCAUCCCUUUUUCUAUAAACUUAUUCAACACUCACAGUUUAGACAUUUUAAUAAUUCAGAGGUCAUACACACACUAUUCACCCUCAAGGUAAGCUAUGUGGGUUGGUUUACUUGAUACUCAAAUACAGUGUUUGUCCUCCAUACCCCACCAUCUCUCUCUCUCUCACCCUCCCUUUCUUUGGCCACCGUACAAUGCUUAUUUGUCCCCAUGCCAGUUUCCUCAGCGUUGCUUGUUAUAAAGGGUGUAGGCAUUCUAAUGUCUUUCAUGUUGCUGUAAUAAAUAUGCUAAUAUUUCUAAUUUCUCA